AUAUGGGCGUGGUCUUCAAAAUUCACUAUCGAUUUGUGAAGUGUUGGCUUAACUAGAGUAAUGAAGACAAAGGCGAGAAAUUGUACAGAGACGCUUGUGUAUACUAUUUACUCUAUAAACUUUUGCUCUGUAUAAAAUUCUGUCAAAUUCGUUGAAAACUUUGUUUUUAAAUAGUUUUUGAAUAAGUUUUUUUAAUAAAUAAGUAAAUUCCUAUAUGAAAAAUGUGUGAUUUACUCGUGUGUCGAGUUUGUCUCGCUACGGAUGACGUUAAAUUGUACAAUAUAUACAAGUAUAAUCUAAUAGAAGCUUAUAAAAACAUAACUGGAGAUCAGUUAUUAAAAGCUGAAGAUGGUCUACCAGAGUUCAUUUGCAGCUAUUGCAGUACACUGUUGCUCAAAUAUGUGGCAUUCAAGGAGAAAUGUUGCGACACUCGAUCAAUUCUUACGUAUGCAUCUCAAAGACAGCUAACAACAAAUGACAUACGCUCUAUCAACCAACAGUAUAAACUACCUUACACGAUAUCAACAAACUACCCAACGAUAAACAUGGAAAACACAGAAUACUCUGAACCGGUUAUAAAAGAGGAGAGCAUCGUCAUCGAAUCCCCCCUGAUAAUGGAGUAUGAAACAGAAACAAAGAAGAAGAAAGUUAAGAAGAAAAAAGAGAAAAUCAAUACUGAUUUGAUAAAAUUUGAAGAUGAGGUCUUCAAUGAUGUCAGUUUUGAAGGUCACGACAUCGAUGUCAAUGAUGAUGCAGAGUUGAAGGACAUAGAAGUCAAUAUAUUGACUAAGGAGGAACAGCUCCUGGAGAUUGAGGAGAGGAAAACGUCAUCGAAUUACGUUAAUUCGUUCUAUAAGUGCGAUUUUUGUUAUAAAGGUUUUAUAAUGGCCUCGACUUACAGGAAUCACAUGACCAAACAUGAUCCGGAGCGAGGAGACUUUGUCUGCGAGGUGUGCAAGUCCCGCUGGGCGGACGCGCGCUCGCUCCGCGCGCACGUUCUCAACACGCACGAAAAGAAAUACGUGUGCAAGCUGUGCGAGUACGUGUCCAGAAACAUUCACAGGGCAAAGGAACAUUUGAAGUGGCACAAAGGUUUUAUGUUUGAAUGCAAAAUCUGUGGAGCUCUAUUCGCCAAGUCGACGAGUCAUCUAACGCACAUUCGUCUCCAGCAUCCUUCGAGCCACGCCUGUGAGCUCUGCGGCGAAUCGUUCAUUGGUGAAUUUGGAUUGAGAAUGCACAAGAAAAAAGUUCACCAGAACGCCGACAGCUUAACUUCUCAAUGCGAGAACUGCAGUACGAAGUUUCAUUCCGUUAAGGCGAUGAAGAGACACCUGAAGCUGUCCAAGGAUGAUAUUUGUGACUCGAACAUCAGGCCGUGUCAGUAUUGUGGUGAUGGCUUUGAAACGGAAGAUGCGUUGAAACAACAUUUGAAGGACAACCACGAAGAUGAGAGCCUGUAUUGUGAAGAGUGCGCGCGCAGCUUCACGAGCGCGCGCUCGCUGUGCACGCACCGCGAGCGCGUGCACCUGGGGGUCAAGCGCGCCGUGCGCCGCCGCGUGCCCAAGCGCGCGCACGACAGCGCCGUCUGCGAGGUCUGCGGCCUCACCUGCAUCUCCAAGGCCACGCUGAUGUAUCACCAGCGAACGCACACGGGCGAGAAGCCGUACCACUGCACGCAGUGUCCGAAGAAGUUCAGCAUAAUGCAACUGCUACAGAUACACAUCCGGACACACACAGGUGAGAGGCCGUUCAAGUGUCAGAACUGCCCAAAGGCCUUCAAGCACAAAGCCGCUCUGAACAGACACAACAGGGUCCACACGGGCGUGAAGCCCUACAGCUGCCCCCAUUGCAAUAAGUCCUUCACACAGUCAAAUUCAAUGAAGUAUCAUAUCAACACCGUACACCUCAAACUACCGGCGCCGUACAGAAACAGGCGAAAUAAACUAGACGUAACGACAGACUAUGGUCUCAUCAAACAUUUUGCGUUUGAUAGUCGAAGUAAUCAGUUAGUAAUCUGUGGCGUUACCUUAUUCCCUAUGAGUAAUAUGUUUUAUUGUUCGUUCGUUAGUAUACAUUAUAUUAUCUGUGAAUGUGGCGAUACAUUUCCAACAGAGGAGGCAUUAAAAGAACAUUUAGAAAAAGAGCAUACGCAGAAAGUUGAACUCGAAAGAAAUGAAUACAAGUGCGACACAUGUGAUAAGAUCUUCGCGUCGGAGAAGGCAUGCCUGAUACAUCAGAGAAUACACACGAACCCGAAGAUCAAGAAGGAACGUGACGCUGCGGAGAGGAGACGAUACUACAGUAUAAAAAAUAUUGUUUGCGAAGUCUGUGGCAAGAGAUAUGCGUCGAACGCAGCGCUUCGGUACCACCAGCGGGUGCACACGGGCGAGAGGCCUUAUCAGUGCACGGAGUGUCCGAAGAACUUCACUAUGCCUCUGUUUUUGCAAAUACACAUGCGUACGCACACCGGGGAGAGGCCGUACGAGUGCCCGCAGUGUCCGAAAGCGUUCAGCAACAAGGCGGCGCUGCUGCGACACGAUCGGGUGCACACCGGCAUUAAACCCUACGAAUGCCCUCAAUGUGGGAAAUUCUUUACACAAUCGAACUCCAUGAAGCUCCACGUGAAAACGGUACACCUCAAGAUGCCGGCGCCCUACAAGAGCAGGAACAGACGAGCCAAACAGACAAACAGACAAGCAAUGAACGUAGAAGUACAAAUUGAGGAAGGUAUAUACCAGCCUCAGGUCAAGACGGAGCUCAAAGAAUAUGAAACUGACGGGGAAAUAUACCAAGGAGAUGUUUAUCAAGAGGUAUACCAAGAUGGAGACAUGUUGUACGAAGAAGUGAAAGUAGAGGGCUCGGAGAUAGCAAUGUACGCAAAUGAUGACGAGCCUGAAGUCCUAUACGAAGAAGUUUAUGAAAUAGAGGAAGUUUAGACUUCAUUUUAAGAAAACAAACAAUAAAACAGAGGCCCCCUGUGUUAAAAGUCUAUUUUGUAACUUGUAAUGGACAUAUUUAUACCAAAAAUGCAUGCAAUAUAAGGGCCCCCUGGGAGAUAUUUCAGGGGGGCCUCGAAGUGAUUCUCAAGAAUGUUGCGAUUAAGUUUAAAUGGAGCUGUUGCUGUUGCCUUAGUAAUUAUAAAAUAUACAUAAACAUGGAACUGUAGUAGAAGAAUUGAACGAGUUUGACAUUGAGCUGAUAGAAGUCGGUCGAGAUCUUAAAUAAGUUGUGGUUUUGUGGAUUCGUUAAAAGUGACGUGAAGUGGGAUAGUGGUGUUUUAUUAUUAAAGAUGUGUAAAGUCAAGUUUAGUGCUUAAUAUAGCAAGACCUCGUGUAAUAUGUAAAUCUAAGGUUUAAACAAACCUUCAAACAAAGAUAAACAAUUAUCUUCACUUCGGCCAUUGAAACAAAUUUUAUUUAUUAUUUAGACUGAAACACAAUAUCGUGUUGUCUUAAAUUGUUGUUUCUUUUUAGGGUUCCGUAUUCAAAGGGUAAAACGGGAUUCUGUUACUAAGACUCCGCUGCUGUCCGUCUGUCUGUCGGUCUGUAACCGGGCUGUGUAUUAUGAACCGUGUUAGUUAGACAGUUGAAAUGUUCACAGUUGAUUUCUGUUGCAGCGGCAACAUACUAAAACACGAUAGAAUUAUUGUUUAAGGGGACUGCCAUGCAACAAAUAUGACUAUUUUGCUGUUUUUGUACACCGACUCCUACUUGUUUUUUUUUUAAAGUUUUGGUAGGUGGACUGGAUAACGGAUCCCCUGAUAACCAAUGCACUACCAACCUUGGGAACUAAGAUAUUAAGUAUAUUGUGUCUGUACUUACACUGGCUCACUCACCCUUCAAACCGGAACAACGGUAUCAAGUACUGUUCGGUGGUAGAAUAUCUGAUGAGUGGAUGUUACCUACCACCACUGUACUAGCACAGUCUGAAAUAUGUCGUUUGUAUUUCGCUAAAAUAGUAAAAUACCACAGAUUACUAAUGAAGUUUCGACUGAAUGAGUGAGCGCGCAAUAUGCUCCGCUAUGCUCAGACGUCUAUUAGCUCGUAACAUACCAGAAUUAUAUAUUUAUAUGUUGAAUAUUAAAGGAAUUAAAAUCUUAGUAUUUAUUUUGGUUAAUUAAGUCCGAUUAAUCAUUGCAUGGUAAUCUGCAACCGUUUUUUAAUUUUAUAUUUAUUUUUUAAGACAAUAGUAGGAUUAUAAUGACGAAUGUGACGCGGAUGUUAUUUAAUUUACAAUAAAGCAGUCGUGGAAUGAAAUUGGGGGCCUUUUAUAUAGUGUAUAGAUAUGUAAAUUGUAAAUUAAGAAAUAUACGUAUUUAAAGUUA